CAUAUUUAAAGCCUUAAUCAGUAAACCUUAACUCAGUACACACUACGAGGACCACUGAAAAACAAAAAAGCAUCAUUGAAACAUCACUCGGUUCUUAUUUAAACAACAAGCUCAAUCCAGCAAUUCAGAACAAGCUUAAUUUUGCUAUUCCACUUUGUCUCAUCCCUUUAGAAGAAAACAGACACUGAGACCAGAGAUGGUGCUCACAAUUUUUCUUCUCGUGUUGGCCAUUCCUUCUCUUAAAACAGCCGAAUCACUAAGUUUCAACAUAACAAACUUCCACGACCCCGACAGUGCAAAAAACAUGGCAUACCAGGGUGAUGGCAAAGUAAACAAGAACGGGUCCAUAGAGCUCAACAUAGUGACCUAUAUUUCCCGCGUUGGGAGAGCCUUUUACGGACAACCUUUGCACCUGUGGGACUCAUCUUCUGAUGUUCUAACCAACUUCUCUACGCGCUUCACUUUCACUAUUGAAAGAGCCACCAACGACACCAUCGGUGACGGUUUUGCCUUCUACUUAGCCCCUCUUGGUUACCAAAUUCCUGCAAACGCAGUCGGUGGCACUUUAGGCCUUUUCAACGCCACCACCAAUACCUACAUUCCCCAUAACCACGUUGUCGCUGUUGAGUUUGACACAUUUAACGGCACAAUUGACCCUCCCUUUCAGCACGUUGGCAUAGAUGAUAACUCUCUCAAAUCCGUGGCCGUUGCUGAGUUUGACAUUUACAAAAACCUUGGAAAGGAAUGUAACGCUUUGAUAACCUACACUGCUUCCACUAAGACCCUCUUUGUGUCUUGGUCUUUUAACGAAACCGCAACACCCCGUUCCAAUUCUUCACUUUCUUACAAGAUUGAUCUCAUGGACAUUCUACCCGAGUGGGUGGUUGUUGGAUUCUCCGCUGCAACUGGCCAAUAUACUGAACGAAACAUUAUUCACUCGUGGGAGUUCAGUUCAACGUUGAAUUCUUUCACUGCUUCGAGGCAUGGGAACGAAAAACACAAUGUUUUGCUGAUUGUUGUGGUAACCUGCUCAACGGUCUUGGUGGUUGUGGCCGCGAGUUUUGCAGCUUGGGUAACGAUCACAAAAAGGAGAAAGGGUAAGGUUGAUAAUGAUAAUGAUGAACUUGGAGCCACCCCGGUUAUGUUUGAUUUGGAUAGGGCAACUAUACCUAGAAGAAUUGAUUACAAAGAACUAGUUGCAGCUACCAAAGGGUUCGCGGCUGAUGCAAGGCUUGGACGAGGUAGCUCGGGACAGGUGUACAAAGGGGUUCUGAGUAAUUUAGGAAGGGUUGUUGCAGUCAAAAGGAUUUUCACUAACUCUGAAAAUUCAGAGAGAGUUUUCAUCAAUGAGGUUAGGAUCAUAAGUCGUCUAAUACAUAGAAACUUGGUCCAGUUCAUAGGGUGGUGUCACGAGCAAGGAGAGUUUCUGUUGGUUUUUGAGUUCAUGCCUAAUGGAAGCCUUGACACCCAUCUCUUUGGGGAGAAAAGAUCUUUGGCAUGGGAUAUUAGGUACAAGGUAGCAUUAGGGGUGGCUUUGGCCCUUCGUUAUCUUCAUGAGGAUGCGGAGCAGAGUGUUCUUCAUAGGGAUAUUAAGUCAGCUAAUGUGUUGUUGGACACGGAUUUUAGCACCAAGCUUGGCGAUUUUGGGAUGGCUAAGUUGGUGGAUCCAAGGUUGAGGACUCAAAGGACAGGGCUGGUGGGGACUUAUGGGUACCUUGCCCCAGAAUAUAUCAACCAUGGUAGGGCUAGUAAGGAAUCAGACAUUUACAGUUUUGGGGUUGUAGCUCUUGAAAUUGCAUGUGGGAGGAGGACUUAUCAAAACGGGGAGUUUCAUGUACCUCUCGUGAACUGGGUGUGGCAAAAAUAUGUGGAAGGGAAUGUUCUGGAUGUUGUAGAUGAGAGAUUAAACAAGGAGUAUGAUGUGGAUGAAAUAACAAGCUUGAUUGUUGUGGGGUUGUGGUGUACUAACCCAAACGACAGGGAAAGACCCAGGGCUGCACAGGUAAUAAAAGUUCUUCAGCUUGAAGCGUCGUCAUUGCCUGUGCUUCCAUUUGAUAUGCAUGACGGUCCUCCUCCUCCUUCUCCAGUUACCCAUGCACAAUCCUCUUACAAUUCCGCACGUUCAGUACCCUUCACUAAUAGCUUUGUCAAUGUCGGACGCUAAUUUUCUGAGCAAGGCUUCAGACCAAUCUGUUUCGGGCACCAAGGCUAGCUUAUGAAGUUGUGUGCUUCUUACGUAGAUAUUUCAUUUAGCUUUUAUGUUUUUUCAUUACUUUCUCAUAAAAUAUUUACUGGCUUGUUAUAUAUAAGUAAAUGUCUAGAAAUAAUCUUUCUGCAAAUGUAAGGAUAAGGCUAGUACAAUGACUCUUCCUAAUUAAUUUCUUUGCAAAGCUAUAUAUAUAGCUAAGAUAUGUAUGUUGUUGCGCUUUU